UACUUCACUGCUUUAGAGACACGUCAUCGGGGUCAGAGACACUGAGGCAAGAUGGCCACCGCCUACGAGACGUACAGCCUGCACACUACGCCUGAGAAGUUCUACAUUGAGGCGUGUGAUGAUGGCACCAAUGAUGUCCUGGCCAUUGAUAGAGUGUCCACUGAGAUGACCCUCUCAGGGAAGAAGGACAUCCCUCCAGCAGCUGUCACCAGGCCCAUCUGUGGAAUCAUGGGAACUAUCCGUCUGGUGGCAGGCGUGUACCUGGUCGUCAUCACUAAGAAGAAGAAAGUGGGCAUUCUUUUCGGGCACAAUGUAUGGAAGGCGAUUGACUUUGACAUCAUCUCCUACAAGAAGACCAUGCUGCAUUUGACUGAUGACCAGAUGCAAGACAAUAAGACAUUCCUGUCCAUGAUUAACAACGUGCUGACCACAGAUGGUUUCUACUUCGCCACUGACUAUGACUUGACGCACACGCUGCAACGACUUGCCAACACCAGUCCAGAUUUUCAGGACAUGAGCCUGUUGGAGCGGGCAGACCAGAGGUUUGUCUGGAAUGGAAAUCUCCUUAGAGAUCUCAUUGCACAGCCUGAGCUUCACAAAUUUGCAUUUCCAGUUAUUCAUGGGUUCAUUGUGAUGAAAUCCUGCUGCAUUAAUGGAAAGACCUUUGACUGGACUCUUAUCUCUCGGAGGAGCUGUUUCCGUGCAGGGGUACGUUACUAUGUGCGAGGUAUAGACUCAGAGGGACAUGCUGCUAACUUUGUUGAAACGGAACAGAUUAUUCAGUACAAUGGGUGGAAGGCAUCCUUUGUGCAGACUCGCGGGUCUAUGCCCUUCUUCUGGUCACAAAGGCCCAACCUGAAGUACAAGCCAAAGCCACAGAUCAGUAAAUCCACCAAUCAUAUGGAUGGCUUCCAGAGGCAUUUUGACUCCCAAAAUAUCCUGUAUGGAAAACAAGUCGUAUUAAACUUGGUUAACCAGAAGGGCUCAGAGAAACCCUUGGAAGAAGCCUUUGCUAAGCUGGCAGCCAGCCUUGGUAAUGGUAUGGUCAAGUAUGUAGCCUUUGAUUUCCAUAAGGAGUGCAGCCGCAUGAGAUGGGACCGUCUCCAGAUACUAGUGGAUUCCGUGUCAGAGAUGCAAGAUGAAUAUGGCUACUUCCUGGUAGACUCAGACGGGAAGGUGCUGCUACAACAAGAUGGCACAUUUCGCAGUAACUGCAUGGACUGCUUGGACCGGACCAAUGUCAUCCAGAGCCUGCUGGCCCGUCGUUCCCUGCAAUCCCAGUUACAGAGGCUUGGGGUCCUACAUGUGGGUCAGCGUAUUGAGGAGCAAGCUGAAUUUGAAAAAAUCUACAAAAACGCAUGGGCUGACAACGCCAAUGCUUGUGCCAAGCAGUAUGCAGGGACUGGCGCUCUAAAGACUGAUUUCACCAGGACAGGGAAAAGGACCCAGUGGGGGCUGGUGAUGGAUGGGUGGAACUCGCUGAUCCGAUACUACAAGAACAAUUUCUCUGAUGGCUUCAGACAGGACUCCAUUGAUCUUUUCCUUGGGAACUAUGCUGUGGAGGAGGAGGAAGGAUCUACACCACUCCGUGUGCAGAAAGACUGGAAGUUCCUCACAUUACCCAUAAUUAUGUUGGUUGCGUUCUCUAUGUGCAUCAUUUGCCUUCUUAUGGCUGGUGACACGUGGACAGAGACUUUGGCCUACGUGCUCUUCUGGGGCACGGCUAGUGCAUGUACAGCCACAGUUAUCCUCUUUAACGGGCAUGACUUUGUGGACGCACCCAAGCUUGUGCAGAAGGAGAAGAUGGACUGAACGUGUGCGUGUGGAAAGCGGCUCGGCUCAGCAGGCUCCUCCUAUUCCUCCUACUCUUCCUCCUCCCAUUUUCACCAGGCCUGGAGCCUGUACUGACCUGCUUUCCACACCUUCUGUGCACCACCAUUUCUGUUCCAAGCCUUGGAUCUCUUGUUAAUCGUCAAGCAAAAGUCACUGACCUCUUUCUUUUCCUCUCACAACUGGUAGAUCACUUUUUACUCUAUCCGGUGUUCCUACUCACCUGCUUCUUCCAAAGCAGUUUUUGACUCAGCAUGGAGCUCUGCGCUAGAAGUUUCCAAAUGUCAUCCACUCUGUCCCAUUUCAAAGGUUACUGGAAUGUUACCUCCAUGUUUCCACAUCACUGUUGCCAUGUUACCUCACUGUUUCUGAAAUAUUACCUCAGUUCUGCUGUUUUCGUACAUCACCGUUUCUUCAGGAAGUCGGAGGGCAACGCUAGUGAGCAGUUGGCUUCAUCCAUAUCCAAAUGCCUCCAGUCUUUUAUGUUUUAUGUUCUGGUUAGGACUUUGUGGAAUUUCUAGCUGGGUUAAUUUUUCUGGAUAUGUUUUAAAUGGAACACUUUUACACUACAGUAGAUGUCCCACAAAGAGCGAAUGACACUGGAAAACCAAAUUCCUUACACUUUUUUUUUUUUUUUUUGGGUGCAGUUGAGGAUUUACCAUAUUGAUCUCUUUACUGCUUACUUUCUAGCUGAGGCAUCCAUUGAGUCUUGGCUGGCUCUUAAUUGACAAAUGAAUUACUGAUUUAGGAAUGCAUGUAAAUGACAAUUUUGCCUGUUUUUCGCUCCCUGUUGAAUGAAAUAAGCCUUAUCGCAUAAGAUCAAAAUGGUGACAUUUAGAAGCCUGAAGACAUAAAAGAGAAGAAAGACCACCAGACUACAUGCUCUGAUUUCAACCAUGCUGCACUUUCAUUGCUUGCUGGCUUCUUGAGUCACAGGUUAGUCUGGGCACAGCUGUAGUAAACUCUGUAAAAACAAGUGGUGCUGCAUACAUAGCUUUCAGGAUCAGAUUAGGUUCCAAACUAGGAUCAGUGCACUGUAAUCAGCAUUUAACUGAGCAUAUUUCCAGAAUGUUCCCCCAGAAAAUAGCAAGGCUUAGCAGGUUGAGUUGGAUGUUGGUUACCCGGUUUCCAUGACAUGUUGCAGUGAAGUUAUGGUUGGAGUUCUUGGAAACCGCAGCUCCCCUGAAACAUCAUAGUUUAAAUGCAGAGGUGAAAAAUUCAGCUUUUUAGAUCACUGAUAGACCUAUACACCUUAUCACAUGUAUGUUGUAGAUAAAAAUGAUGAGGUGGCAUAAUUUGGCAGGAUUAGUUGCGUGUGUUUAAAUGUGCUUCCUGCUGUACCCACUUAGCCUUAGGUCAGUUUUGUGUCUUUGGUGGUGGGAAGUGGGGGGGAUUCUCACAGCUCACUCAUUGUCAUGUCUUACUUAUUUUUCUGUAUUUUGUGGUGGGUUCCGGCGUAAUUACUGAAUGUCAGAUUAAGUAUGCCUUUGUUUUGUUCUACACCAUUGUUUGACUAAAUUAGUGGUCCAAACUGUAAAUCUGUACAUAGCUAGAAAGGCAGGCGCGCACACACACAUACAUACACACACAAGUGGCAUGUGCUUCAGUCUUAACUAUAGAACCUUAAUUGCUUAUUUAGGGGGCUCCAACAUUUUAACCCCUGCUGUACGCAGUUGCAUUUGUACUGUUAGUAUUACAUUUUUAUAUUUGGCAUUGGGGUUUAGAAUGAUGUAAUUAAUUUGAGGAAUGUUUGGAGAAAAAUGACAAUAUCAGAUUUUUAGCUGGACUCCUGUGCUUGUGAGCAAAACCUGAAUGAUCCUUGACCAACUCAAGCUUGCCUCUUUGCAGCCUCUAUGUAUAAAUUUCUUGUAAAAUGUACAUUUUAAGACUAUGUAUAAUAUAUAUAUAGACCUUGUAAUUAUGUACUGUACAUCUUAUUGGGAUUUGUAUCUAGAAUACUUAAAAUGUCAAGGACAUAAAAUGUUAAAUAUAAUGGUACCUGGUCCACCUUAUUUUUAUAGGUUAUGUUUCAUUAAUGUUAAGGGGUUAUGGAAGUAAUUCAGACAAAAUGUACUGUUAAUUUUGACAGUAUUCCUGAGUACAGUAGCUGAGUAGGUCUGGCACUAGCUGUAGCUGUUCAUGUUAUGGGUAAAUUCUCAUGCACAGAAUAGUUUUAUUUUUCCAUGUCUCAGUUCUCUGCAUUUUUUAUUUAAUCAUUUAAUUUGUAAUUUGUUUUGGUUUUUAUUAACUUAUCCUGUUUAAUUUCAAACCCUGUAUUUUCCUUUCUCUUGUCAAACUUUACAAUAAACGUUUGUGAGAUCA